AUGAUUCUCGUCAUCGCGUCCGAAACCGUCUUGUGCAGCAAAUCACCCUACUUUGCAAGCGAACCGCCAUACUUCAGGGACUACAUGACAGACUCCUUGAUUCAAAGGGCCAUGGCAACGAGCCCUGCUGUCACAGCCGCGAGCGAGAUAAAGUCGCUGAAAGCAAGCCUCUUCACCAACCGCCUGCUUCCGGCUUCGGCGUGGAUCCGCCACGCCCACCUCGAGAGGGAUACGAAUAGCGAGACAGACGGCAGGGACGCUUCGCACGCUUCCGCAGCUGCAUCAGGACCGUCGCCGUUAUCCAAGUUCAAUAGCCCAUCACCUCGGCAGGUUACUAGCCCCUAUCUAUCGGAAUCUGCUCAUGUACUGUCUCUCCAAAACCCUAUCGCCAUAGCUGAAACGGGUGAAACAAAUGGGAGUGUCGCGGCAGUACCACUUGCCGAUGAGGGUGCAGCAGGCGAGGAGGGAAAGCAAGGAUCAUCCCAAACGAUUGUAAAGCCUCAGGGUUCAAGGUCUCGGUCUUUUGCCCAGCUCAAUCAUUCCAACAAGUCGUCGGCAAAUGAAACCAUCCACAUUCAGAACAAGUCUGAAUCUCAAUUGAGCGGCAUUGGCCACAGUAAGCUCAAGCUCGCUACCAAGGUUUUGAAACGGCCGCAGACGCUGGACCAGAGGAAGUAUCGAUCCCAACACAGCCUUUUAAAGCGGAGGCGAGGCUCUGGAUGCACCAUCAAGUCUACCGCGGAGCCCCUGACAUUAAGCACCAGCGCCAGUUCCCCGGAGGAGAAGCUGUUCGAGUAA